AUGGAGGAUGAAGCUGUCCUGGACAGAGGGGCUUCGUUCCUUAAACAUGUGUGUGAUGAAGAAGAAGUAGAAGGCCACCACACCAUCUACAUCGGGGUCCAUGUGCCCAAGAGCUACCGGAGAAGGAGACGUCACAAGAGAAAGGCAGGGCACAAGGAAAAGAAGGAAAAGGAAAGAAUCUCUGAGAACUACUCAGACAAAUCCGAUGUGGAAAAUGCCGAUGAGUCCAGCAGCAGCAUCCUCAAGCCGCUCA